AUUGUGAAAGAAUUUCCCUUUGUCGCUCCCAACCCUUCUAUAUAUAACCAGCCAUCGCCCCAUGCCCUCCAUGAAAAAGCUUAUUCUUCAUAGUCUCAUUUGACACGCAGUACACGCACUAAUAGUACUGAGGAACACCUUCACCACAUAUACAUAUAUACAUACACAUAUAUACGUAGCAAAUUGGAGAAGGAAAUGGGAUUUCCAGUUGUACACACUGAUCUUUUUCUUCCAAAAGUGUUUGUUUUUCUUCUAACAUUUCUGGGAUUCAUUCGUAAAGUAAUACGGGUAGUGUUUAAACUACUGGGUUUCGGUGAAUUCCUGGACCCGGAAAUGACGAACCCGACCCGAGAGGAUUGCGGGGCAGCGUUGAUCCGGGAGCUUCUGCCGGUUGUGAAGUUUUCUGAUUUAGGUGAGUUUGAAAUUACAGAGAAUUGCGCGGUUUGUUUGUAUGAUUUUGAAGGUGAUGAUGACAUCCGACGGCUAACGAAUUGCCGGCACAUAUUCCACCUGAGCUGCCUGGACCGUUGGAUGGAUCACGAUCAGAAGACGUGCCCACUUUGCCGGACGCGGUUUUUUCCCGAGGAUUUGCAGGAUUCUUUCAAUGAAAGCCUGUGGGAGGCCGCGGGGAUUUUUGAUUACUACGGCGAGUAAAUGAAAUGGAAAUUUAUGGGGGAAAGAAGCAGACGUUGUAAAGCUUUUUUUUUUUGUAAAUAUUUUUAUAAGUAAAAAUUUGAAGUUCAAAUAAUUAAUUUUGUAUUAUUAAAGUGAGAAAUGAUUGAACUAUAU